CACAAAUGCAGGUCUAUGCUUACUUGUAGACUAUAUCAAGGGCCAGUAUUUCAUCGCAUUCGAUACCUAGGUUGCUCAUUGUGCUGACAAACGAUAGAUUGCAUUAGAGCAUAUCGGGAACAUCUUGGGUGGCAUAGACUCUGGAAACCGUUUCCGGCCCUCAAAAUGGCACCUGCAACGCGAAGCCAAGCUUCAUCCUCUCCACAGAAACCGGAUUCAUAUUUUCCACACUUUCCACCAUCUUCUAGAGCUACAGCUCCAGUAUGUUCGAGCUCACGAACCUCCCCCAAAUCCGAAGCUUCUGAUGCUACUGCUGCCUCCGCAUCGGGCAGAGGAUCUACUCUCGCUCAACCUAGUUUGUCACUGCCAGACAACUAUCAGAAAGUCUAUCUUCGACAAAUCCGGCAAAAUUUCGUCUCAGGACAAUAUGCUCCUCAAGCACAGCCUAUGUCGAGCAAUAAUUCCCAGAUGUCUGAGCAGCAACCAGCCCCAAGCACGGGACAACCAGUGACACCUUCCAUGGCUCCUAUGAAAAGGCCAACAGCCGUUGAGCUGAUUCGAUUGAUCUCUGGCCCUCGAGUAGACAUCUACAUAGGAUCAGACAAAGAGCACCGCUCUAUACCAAAGGAUUUACUUUGCUCUUACUCUCCAUUCUUUGAUCGAUGUUUCAAUGGAUCCUUCAGAGAAGCUCACGAGCAGAAGCUUGAGCUACCAGAGGAGAAGAUCGAAGACUUCGAUAUUUUCCUCGAAUUCAUUCUCCGUGGCACGAUAGCUGUAAAACCGGGUCUCAGAGGCGCCGAAGAGACUAUCUCGCAGUGCUUGGACUUCUUAAAGUUCGCAGACAAAUACCAACUCGGAGAUGUCUCUGAAGCUAUCUUCAAGCCAUUAUUCGACGCUCUCUGGUUCUACACAGCCGAAAUCAAGCUGCCUAGAGCUUCGAGAACCGACAAUCUAUCGGCCCCAUGGCAAACACUUGGUUCAGACCCACCACUAGUCGUAUUCAAGCGACCCAACGGCCUCGAACGCAAGGAUAUUGAGCUUGUCUUCACCACUUGCCCGGAGAGAAGCUCAAUCCGGACUCUCGUGGUACAAGCCCUCCUGUCAGUUGCAGGCGGAUUGAGUGGGCUUCAUAAGCUCCAAGAGUAUGGUGAUAGCAUUGAGGGAUUUGCAGCCGAGGUGAUGUUUGUCAUCGGUAAUGAUUUGCGAGAUACUUACGUUCCUGCCAAAGAGUGGCUUGAGGGAAUGCGGAGGAAAUAAAGACAAGGGAAGAAUGGAGACAGUUUAUUGAAGCGUUUAAUGCCUUGGGAUUUUGUAGCUGGUAAGGGCGCUCAAAAAAGUCGUAUGGUGUUGUAGUUGAGGGUC